UCGGGCUCCUCCCUCCCCCUGCGCUCGGCCGGCGCCGCCGAGCUGUGCUAUGCUGGACGCGCAGUCCGCCGAGAAAAGCAGCAGGAUGAAAAAGUUGCGGAGAACUUUGUCGGAGAGUUUCAGCCGAAUAGCCUUAAAGAAAGAAGAUAGCAGCCUUGAUGAGAUAUGUGUCACAAAGAUGUCUACACGGAACUGCCAGGGAAUGGACUCAGUGAUCAAACCCCUGGACACAAUUCCCGAGGACAAAAAAGUCAGAGUUCAGAGGACACAGAGCAGUUUUGAUCCAUUUGAGAAACCAACUAGUCAAGUGAAGAGGGUCCAUUCAGAGAACAAUGCUUGCAUUAACUUCAAAACUACAUCAGCAGGGAAAGAAUCUCCUAAAGUCAGACGACAUUCUAGUCCCAGCUCUCCUACAAGCCCCAAGUUUGGAAAAGCAGACUCUUACGAAAAACUGGAAAAACUAGGGGAAGGAUCAUAUGCCACAGUGUACAAAGGGAAAAGCAAGGUAAAUGGGAAGUUGGUGGCACUGAAGGUGAUUAGAUUACAAGAGGAGGAAGGAACUCCAUUUACAGCUAUCAGAGAAGCUUCUCUUUUGAAAGGACUGAAACAUGCUAACAUUGUGCUGCUUCAUGACAUCAUUCACACCAAGGAGACAUUGACACUUGUGUUUGAAUAUGUGCACACUGAUUUAUGUCAGUACAUGGACAAACAUCCUGGAGGACUUCAUCCAGACAAUGUGAAGUUAUUUUUAUUUCAGUUGCUGCGAGGACUGUCUUACAUCCACCAGCGUUACAUUUUGCACAGGGACCUGAAACCACAGAACCUUCUGAUCAGUGACACGGGGGAAUUAAAGCUGGCAGACUUUGGUCUUGCAAGAGCCAAAUCAGUCCCCAGCCACACAUACUCUAAUGAAGUGGUUACCCUGUGGUACAGACCCCCAGAUGUCCUUUUGGGCUCAACAGAAUACUCCACCUGCCUUGACAUGUGGGGAGUGGGUUGUAUCUUUGUAGAAAUGAUUCAAGGAGUUGCUGCUUUUCCUGGAAUGAAAGACAUUCAAGACCAACUUGAAAGAAUAUUUCUGGUACUUGGAACACCAAAUGAAGAUACAUGGCCUGGAGUCCAUUCUUUACCCCAUUUCAAGCCAGAACGCUUUACACAGUACAGCUCUAAAAACCUUAGACAAGCAUGGAAUAAGCUAAGCUAUGUGAAUCAUGCAGAGGAUCUGGCCUCCAAACUACUUCAGUGUUUCCCAAAGAACAGAUUGUCAGCACAGGCAGCCCUGAGCCACGAAUAUUUCAGUGAUCUGCCCCCACGGCUAUGGGAGCUAACUGAUAUGUCUUCUAUUUUUACGGUACCGAAUGUAAGAUUACAACUAGAGGUUGGAGAAAGCAUGAGAGUCUUUGGGAAAUACAAUAGUUAUGGCAAAGGUCUAUCAAACAGCAAGCACUGAGGAGAAUACUUAGACUCACUACGGAGAAUGACGGAUUACGCUCACCACUCUUCAGGAGGGAAACAGAACCUAAUGAGGGGACCAAUGAUUUGAAGGAACCGUGGCCCUGUCUCCUUUUUCUCUCUCUUGUGGAUUUCAUUUAAAAGAAAACUGAAGCUGGCAAGACCCAGUUUUUCCCUGCAAUUUACUUAAAACCUUGCACGCAUUUGGAUACCUUGUGAUUUCAGAGAACUAUGUGAAGAUUUAGCUUUUGCUUACUGGUACAUGGGAUGUACUCUUUUCAGCCUUUUGUGUUUGAUUUUGUUUGAUUUUCCACUGCAGCACAGCGUCUUUGUAAAGAUUUUUAUGCUUACACCAGCAAGGUCUUAAAUACGUUAAGACAACACAUUUGGUGUUCACACUUGUUCAGUAAUGUCUGUACAUAAAAGUCAAUAGUGGCAUAAAAAUGUGUGUUUUCUUUGAGAGUUGGGCAUAUUUUUCAACCAGUAGGGAGGCUAUUUCUAGCUAGAGCAAGCCCAAGUCCUCAGAUUGACUGACAAGUACAGUAUCUUGCCAUUAUUCCUAAAGUGGAUUUUUACCUCUUCAGAAUGUUCACAUCCAUUUUUUUUUAAAAACCUGGAAAUAAUUGCAUGUUUAUUUAGAACUCAGAAUUUGGUUAUUCUGCAUAGGCUGCGUAGCAUGCCACUUUACAAAAUAGGCCUGCAGUGAAGAAAAAAUGACAGGACAUACUAUACUAACAGAUACAGUCAUGAAUUCCUUACCCUUUGCUAAUAUAGAUUUUUAAAUAUGUUUUAUAAGUCUUGGCUCCAUCUUUACUUACUUUUUCC